CGGUUGUCAUGGUGAGCAUGUAGCCUACUUCCCAGUGCGUUUAUUCCCAGUGAGGUGCGGAUUUUAUUGAGGUGCUGAAAUGUCCAAACCAGAGAAGACACCCCUGGAUGUCGUCCACCAAAACGCAAUUCAUGUUGAAACCAUCCAGAAAGAACAAAGAACCCAGAAACUCUACACGGAGUUCAACAUCAAUCCAUACAAGAAGCUCCAUGUUCUGACGGACAAGCCGACGGUCGGCGGUGAGGAGAUGGAGGCGGUGGAGGAUCAUUCCUUCAUACAAGCCCAUCAUCACGCCUGGCUCGAGCCGACCAGGAAGUACCCCCACCCCCAGACGGAGAGCCAGGAGAUCGGCUGGUUCUCCAAACCACUGAUCAUCUCAGACCGCAGCGAUCGGAGACUGAGCUUCCCUCGUCAGAACACAGAGAUCACCAAGUACAUGGACGCUGCCUGGCGCCUCAAGGAACAAACUCGCAACCUCAGCUGAUCGGCCUGAACACAAGUUGAACAUCCACAGCCUUGUACGUACUUGCAUAGUACAAAUUAUAGCUGAUUAAAAAGAAGUUAUAAUAAGA